UGGAAAUCCGGCGUAUCUCAAGUGGAUAGAGGAGAGCACGAAAUAAAAUGAUGCUCAGGAUACAUAGAGGAGUAAGAUGACCCAGCAACAGUAGCCACAAUAAAAAAGAAAAUCAACAGAUAUGGUCAAAAGGAGCAUAUCCUCAGUCCUAUACGCACUGAAGCUGUGCAUGAGCUCGCGAGAUCUUUCAAGGGCGAAGAAAAUUCACGCUGAUAUCAUCGAGAAUGGACACGAGUCGGACCUCUUUGUUGCAAGCACGCUGGUGACUGUUUACUCAAAAUGUGGUAGCCUGGUGGACGCCUGCAAUGUUUUCAACAAGAUGAAGUGCCGAGACGUGGUGGCAUGGAACAACAUUAUUCUGGCACACGAAGAGAAUGGGGAGGCUCAGGUGGCUCUGGAGCUGUUUGAAAGAAUGGAAAAGGAAGGGUUCUCUCCGGGUGCUAGAACCUUUGUCGCUGCUCUCAAGGCUUGCUCAAGUGUUGCUGAUGGAGAAGAUGGCACCCCACUAAAUGUGAAGAUGCAGUCACUAGAGAAAGGGAUGGUUCUUAACUCGCAAGCGGCAACCAGAGGUUUUGUUGAGGAUACUUACGUCUCCAACACACUCGUGGAUAUGUAUGGAAAGUGUGGGAGCAUGCUGGAGUCACGCAGAGUUUUCGACUCGAUGCGAGGUCACGACGUAGUGUCCUGGACUGCAUUGAUCCUGGGGUAUGCUGAUAACGGGGAACCGGACUUGGCUUUGCUUAUCUUCGAAGGUAUGAAAGCCAAAGGUUGUCGACCAAAUGCUUUAACUUUUGUUGCUGCUUUGAAGGCCUGCGUCGGUCUAGUGCUCAAGGAAGAAGAAGGAAAGAAAGUUGAUGGCAAGGCCGCGUGUUUUGGGAACGGUGUCCGUGUCCACUCUCAACUAGCAGCCUAUGGAUUCGAUUCAGACAUCCUGGUAGUCAACACUCUGAUGGAUAUGUACUUCAAGUGUGGACGUCUGGUGGAAGCUCGAGCCGUCCUUGAGUGGAUACCUUCACUGAGCGUAGUCUCCUGGACAGUGUUGACGCUGGGCUAUGCUGAAAACGGGGAAGCUGAACUGGCUCUUGACUCAUUCUCUCGGAUGGCUGCUGAAGACUGCCUGCCAAACUCCAGAACCUUCAUUGCUGCUUUUAAGGCCUGCAAUCUCCUGGCCGCACGGGAAGACAGCAAGGAAGUUGACGGACAGAGCUUGAAAGUUGGAAGUUUGAAGAAAGGCAUAGCUCUCCACUCAAGAGCUUCAAAGAUCGGUUGUGACUCGGACAUCUUCCUCGCAAACACUCUGAUAGACAUGUAUGCGAGCUGCGGGAGCAUGAUCGAUGCGUGGAAAGUAUUUGCCAAGAUGCCUCGACGUACCGUAGUCUCCUGGAACGCACUGAUGCUCGGCUUUAGCGACAACGGACAACCCGAGCAAGCUUUAAGUUCAUUCUCACAGAUGGACUGUCCGCCGGAUUCUCUAUCGUUCGUGGCUGCUUUCAAGGCUUGUGGCAGUCUGGCAGUCAAGGAAGACGGGAGAAAAGUCGAUGGGAAGCUCAUUAAAACAGCGGCCUUGCAGAAGGGACAGGAACUUCACUCACAGGCAGUAGAGCUCGGCCGUGCAUCGGACAUCCUGGUCGCCAACACCUUGCUGGACAUGUACAUGAAGUGUGGAAGCGUAACAGAUGCUCUCAAGGUGUUUGAGGGGAUAUCUCCGCGCACGCUGGUUUCGUGGGCCGUGCUGAUACUGGGCUAUGCCGAGAACAACGAAGGUGAGCUGGCUCUCGAGUUUUAUGAACGCCUGAAACUUGAGCAAGGCUUCCUGCUCGAUGCUUUGACGUUCGUUGCGGCGCUCAGGGGCUGCACAGGCGUUGCUGUGAAAGAAGUGGGGACACAGGUCGAUGGGAAGCUUGUGAAACAGCAGGCUCUGAAGACCGGAAUGGAGAUUUACUCUCAGGCAUCGAAACAGGGAUAUGGAGUGGACCUGCUCGUCACAAGCACACUGCUUGACUUGUACACAAAGUGUGGGAGCAUGACAAACGCUCGGGAAGUCUUCGAAAAGAUGCCGGUCCACAACUCCGCCUCUUGGAACUCACUGCUGCUCGGGUACGCAGAGAGCGGCCAGGAGCAGGUGGUUUUGGAGCUCUUCGACGCCAUGAAGCUUCAAGGUGUCGUCCCCGACGUCCGGACUUACGCCGCGGCACUGAAGGCCUGCACAAACCUCGCAGCAAAAGAGCAGGGAACUCUAGUGAAUGGGAAGCUCGUCAAAGCGGAGAGCCUGGAAAAAGGAAUGGCGAUUCACGCGCAAGCAGCCGGCAGCAGUGGCGGCAUGGACAUGUUCGUCUACGGCACUCUGGUGGACAUGUACGCUAAGUGUGGCAGCAUGGCGGACGCGAGCAGAGUCUUCCUUGGCAUGGAGGUCCACGACGUGGUCUCAUGGACGUCGCUCAUGGCGGGAUACGCAGACAACGGAGAGCCCGCCAUAGCUCUGGAGCUGCUCGACUCCAUGGACGCACAGGGCGGCGCUCCAAACGCUCUCACUUUCCUGGCGACGCUCAAGGCCUCCGGAGCCAUCGCCGCGAUCCAGGCCGCGGUGGGAAUCCACGGCAGGAUCUACCGGUCAGGGAUGGAGAACAGCACCCUGGAGACUUGCCUGCUCGACGCCUAUGGAAAGUCUGGGAGCAUGGAUCGAGCGCAGCGGGUUUUCGACCAUUCUAGCGCCUCGACGAGGAAUCCAGUGACUUGGAACGCGCUGAUAGCCGGCUACAGCCGGCAUGGCGACACCGAGAAGGUGUUCCACUGGUUCCAGCGGAUGCUAGACGAGGGACUCCGGGUGGACGCCAUCACCUGGACGAGCGUUCUCUCGGCUUGCAGCCAUGCCGGUCUGGUGGACAGGGGCGAGGAGUUCUUCCGGGAGAUGUUGUCCAGAAGCAGCCCCGGGAUCGAGCACUACCACUGCGUGAUCGACAUGCUCUCGCGCUACAACCGAUUGGAGACUGCUCUGGCGAUGGCCAAGGCGAUGCCGUGCCAAGCCAACGAGAUCACUUGGACCACCAUCUUGGGCGCCUGCUGGAAGUGGAAGAAUGUGGAGGUGGCCAAGGUGGCGUUUGAGAGCUUGCAGGAAUUGGAAGGCGGACCAGUGGAGGGCGCUGGUUUCGUGCUCAUCUCCAACAUCUACGAGACUAUGAAAGUUGGCGAACAAUAAAUAAUGGAACUAUGGAAAUUAGGACUUUCUUAAA